GAGGAGCACUCCCACGAGAAAUUCCUGACUAGCGUCAGAACUUCCCUCAACCUCGAUAACGUCGACAACGUCGCCGACCCCGUCUUUGCCCUGCUUGGUAACGCUGCUGCCGCCACUGGUGCUGGUGACGUUACUGACCUGGACUGUCUCCAACAACGUGUGGCUGACCAGGCCUUCACCAACGCCAAGGCGGCUGGCGAUGUCGACGGCCAGGUCGCAGCUCUGAUCUUCCGUACUCUUGAGCGCAACACCGCCGGAGUUGGUCUGGCUUCAGUCCUCUGCACCUCCGAGACUGCCACCAACCCUGAGGUGGCUGCUCUCCAGCAGCACCAGGAUCCCGCGUCCGAGGGUGCUGCCGCUACCAACAAGCAGGUCGCGCUCGAUCUCGCUGUCCAGCUGAACUCCAUUGGCGCUGACCCUCAGCUCGCCCUUCAGUCUGGCACCUUUGCCGCGGGCGAUACUGCUGACGCCACUGGUGUUGGAAACACUUGUGACGACGCCGACGACACCGAGGGUUGCAUUUUCACCCAGAACCUCUUGGUCGAGGAUGCGACUGCUGACGAGAUCGACGCCGCUGUCGCUGCUGGAGGUGCUGCCACCACUGGUGAUGCUGGAGCUGCUGCCGGCACAGACGACGCAGCCACUGGCACUGCCGAUGAUGGAUGCGCUACUGUGGCUCCCACUGCUACCGCUGCUACCGCCACCGCCACCGCCACCGCCGGUGCUGCCACUGACGCCUCAGACGAUGCGACUGCCACCGGUGUCAACGUCAACUCGUUCACCGGAUCCACUGGCUCGGCGCCUGUCCCCGUCAUCUCCUCCAAUGCUGAACGUCCCUUCACUGUCAACGGUGACAGCUUCGUGGGCCUGGGCGCCGCCAUCCAACGUGCUUGUGAUGUUCAGAAGAACGCCUGUGCCAACGUCGCUAACAGCGGUGGCGGUGGCUCCGUCGCCGACUGCGAGACCCAACAUCAGGCCUGCCUCGCCGCCAACGGCAAGAAGCGCCGCCAGGCUUUCGACACCGGCUCGUGCGGAUCCCCCGCCAUCAAGUUCGCCGAGGGUCUGGACGGCCGCACCGAGGCCAGCUUCGCCCCCGUCAACACAGAUGACUUCAACCACGGCUCCGCUAACGCGCCCGGCGUCAUCACCGGUUUCAUCUGCCAGCAGCUCAACGACAAGUGCAAGGCCAGUGCCGCCACCCUGGACGCCUGUCAACAGGGCGCUGCUGCUGCGGGCGCGUCCGAGGGACAGGAUGCGGCUGAUGCUUUCAACGCUGCUUUGGGCGUAAGUAGAGGUGGCGGGCCUGCAUGCAACAACGGGGGAGACCGUGUCGGCGCUGGAUCAGGGAGAUGA